GUGCCUCGUUUAUAGUUUUUUUCAGUACCUGUAAGGAGGUUGGGCAAAAAGGAAAUGAAAAUAUGGAGGUCAGGUCAAGCUGUAGGAGCAAUGGGAUUGGCAUGCUGAAAAUGGAUCACAGUUGAAGCACCGUAGUAGACUACAAAUUCAGCCAUGUCUAAGUCAUCGGAGAAUUCUGUUGCUUUGCUGGUUUCAGUCAUCAAACAGCUUUCAAGUGACAAUUUACAGCAAAGAGAACUUGAAAAGGAGCAGCUACAGGAAAAUUUGAAGAAGGCAGAUGAAAGCUUAAGUAUUUUGGUAGAAGAUAAUCAAGACAGUUUGAAAAAGACAAUUCAGAAUUUUGCACUGGUUUCUUCAAGAAUACAAGGAUGCAGAACAAAAGUGAGUAGCUUAAGAGAAAAGCUGACUACAUGCAAAACGCUGCUGAACUGCAAUCGAGAUGACCUCAGGAGACAUUGGCAAGAGGGUCUGGAAUAUAGCGAAAUUUUGAGCCUCCUUGACAAAGUAGACAAGGCGACUGCAGUUCCAGACCAGCUUGACAGAUACAUGGCAAAGAAGCAUUAUCUUCAUGCUGCCAAGCUCCUCGUCAAGACUGUUACAACAUUGGAAACGACACUGGUAAACGUUGACGCAUUGCGCGAACUGAGAAUCGACCUUUACUCCCGUCAAAUGAAAAUGCACGAGGUGCUUAUUGAGGAGCUGAACAAACAGAUUCACUCGGAUAAGCAACUGAAGCAAAAGCCUUCUGCUGACUCUGGCACACUGCUUUCUGUUCCUGGAAUAAAGUGGAUUUCAAGAUCUUUAUCACGUUCAUUCAAGCCAGAAGCCUUUGCAGAGGUCCAGACUGCCAGACUUGACGAAGUCACGGAAGAUUUGCAAGCCAAUCCUGAAGACAAUAUUUUCAUGUUUAUCAACGUUCUUAUUGAGGCCUUAGAAGUUGUCGGUAAAGUUCCUGAAGCAGUUGAUUCCCUAAAAAGCCGGAUAAAACGUGAAAUGGCAUUGGUUAUCCAUCGUGCUACUGACAUUGUUGCGAACAGGGCUAUCGCAAGGGGUGAUGCUGUAACUGUCGAGAUCCAAAUAUUGCUUGGUUAUUGUCUGGACAUCCAGAGUCGUGCAACUCGGCAGCAGGCUCUGUCUCCGUUUCCAAACACGGAAGGCGAGAUAAAUUCAUUUUUUGUUAGCAAGAAAAAAGCGAAAUCUUCAAAGUACCCACUGUUCCGGUUCGAAGGUUCAUCAUCAGCCAUUGCAAUGAGUAGUUAUAUCAAAGACCAGGGACAGGAUUUGGUAUCCUCGAUCCCCGACGAUCCUUAUGCAGACUCUCUUCUCUCGAGCAAAUGUCAACUUCUCUGUAAACCAUCAGCUUCCAAUGUAACUGUUCUUUUUAUUCCGGUCAUGACAUUUAUUGGAGAAGUUGAGAGAAUAACGUCAUCAAAACUUGGGGUCGAAGGAGUACUUUAUCAUUCAAUAACUGAUUUCGUCAAAAAGGAAUUCCUAAAUCAAGUUCUUUAUGCUGUUAUGGAAAAAACAAAAGUUGCAACACGUGGACUAGAUGCAUUAAAGAAUCUUACCGACCAAGCGACCCAGAAUACCCUUCGAAUCGACAGGCCAUUGCUAAAGGCCACAGUGUCCAUAUACAAUGUAGUGGAAGAGCUCUCCUCUUUGAUGAAAUCACUUCCUCUUUACACCACUGAAUUCUUGGAAAUAAUUGUGCAAGUUAUUGGAAAAUAUCUAUUGUCUUGUAAAGAGGCAUAUAAAGGUCUUGUGUUAAGGGAAGAAGCUGGAAAGCCAUCAAGAAUAUUUAGUGCUUCUUGGGCAAGAGACGAAGAUAUAAACAGAUACCUCAAAUCUUUGCCUAACUGGCUUAAUCUUCAGGAAGAAAGAACGAAGGGGAAGAUGCUUCUUCUAGACGAAGACAUGGAGUCGGUUAGAUUCAGAAACGCGCAGCAAACAGACAAGAUUCUUGGGACCUUGAAAAGGGGUGCGAUAGCAAAAAAUGAGGUUAUUCUGGAUAUCGGUGAUCUGAAAUCGCUUGUGAGUCUGCAAGAAAGCCUUGAUUGGUUUACGAGAAAGCUGCAAGAAUUCAUCGUCAAAUUGUCUGCAAAAGCUACUACAAUUCAAGUCGAUGGAUCUGAUUCGCUAGGAGACCUCCUUGCUCAACUGCCACCCAUACCUCAAGAUAUUCUCAGGUCUUUAGAAGCGCUGACCCUCGAAUUCCAAGAUCUUGCCGACACGUGCCUUUUGGUUCUGCAUUUGGAAAUCCAGUGCCAUUGCCUCUAUUACCUCAUACCCGCAACGAGGCAGUCAACCUAUGUUUGCUCAAUGGACGCCGUCGAAGUUGAUCCUCUAGUUCCACAGCUGACGAAGGAUUUGCGAGACAUCGAGGAAAUCUGUUCAGCUUCGCUGUCACCUUUUAAAUUAAAAUAUCUGUUUGAGGGCAUUGGUUACCUAUUGGCUUCUAUCAUCGUAUCAAGUACUGCUUACAUAAAGAAGAUCAAUAGAAAUGGCGUCAAGAAAAUGAGUCAAAAUAUAUUCACCUUACAACAAGAGCUUGUAGAUUUUAUGAAGCCACGGGAACCUGAUCUGGAAAACGCUAAGCAGUACAUAGAGUUGCUGUUUCUAACCCCUGAUGGUUUGUUGAACAGUCUGGUUGAGCAAGGACCAGUAUUGCAGGUUGAAGAUUACAUGAACGCCAUUGAGCUGCUUUGUCGUAGUGAAAUACCAUUCGACAAGAAUGCUUUAGAAGUAAGGAAACGUAAACUGAAGGAAAUUAUUAACGAGCGACGAGGAAAUAAAAAAUGAUAAACUCACUGCUAAUAAAUUUGGAAUAUAUAUUAUUGCACCAUUUAUACGUUAUUUUCCGGAACUGAAUCAAUAAGAAUUAUAAUAAUUAAUUUUUUUAAUAAUCUGCCAACCGUUUAGCAGAAGUAGACGCUAUUUUGCAGGCCCCCAUCACUUGGCAUUUUUCAAAGUGAAAAUUUUUAAUUUUUUGGAUAAUUUUUAAGAAAGUUCAUUGCAGGGAGGUAUUUGAACAGGUAUUUAGUGUGCUCCUGCUCUUAACUGAAACGAAGAAUUUGCAACCUCGGCAGAUAGAACAGAACUAAAAUAACCAUUAAUUUCUUGUUUAAGACAAGAAUAGUGCUUUUGGUCUUGAUCGCCAAGCUAGUACAGACACGAAGCCAAAAUAACAAAAUUGUCUAUUGAUUUUGUCCAUAGAUACAACCUUGGCCCCUAAAUCGUAAUUAGAACUACAUAGCUAUAUUAUCUAUCGUUUGCUGCCACUCUCGGCUGGUAGCACAGCCUGCUGAGCUCUUCAAUAUAGUGUUGUUGAAUCAGUAUGUCAUUGUGGGAAUACGAUAUCCAGCUUUUGCCCCAAUAAAAAGCUUUUAAAUGUAUUUAUGUUCACACAAUUGCUUGUUAAAAAGCCAUUAAGUUGGUUAAAAUAUUGAUUUUUAUUCUUUGCCGUAUAUUGAAGCUCGACGGUGAAAAAUGUAACUGUUGGAAUUCUUAGAAUGUUGUUCUUUAAAAGGAGAUCAAAGGCGAUGUAAACAAGGUAGAAAGUAAAAUUCCUGGGCUCCCCUUUUUCGAUUUCCCUAACGUAUUUUUCAUUAUUUUUUAUCAAGUUAUACGAUGCUACAAACAGUUAUGAUGAAAAAUGUCGAAUGUAAGCAGCGUUUACACGCGACCGGUUUCUUCUGAAAGCAUGUAAAAAUGAGUACAGUUAGGCCUACCGUUUACAAAGGACCCGUGGAACCGUACCAAAAUGGAAUCAAGGAAAAAACCUAGGAAAAAAAGUUCCAUUUGAACCGUUCCAAAAAGUUCUGCGUAAAUGUGUGAAAGGGUUCCAAAUUGGUACGGUUAGGAAAAAAGGCUUACAAAAGUCACCUUAUCAAUUUCUUUCAUUAUUAAUUUAUAGGCACCAAAUAUUUUCCCUACCUUGAAUUUCUAUUAGCUUUCCUUCCGCCUAUCUAGAGACGGACUUACCAGGGAAUAUGGGUGUGCGGCAUUCCCCCCUCCCCCUCCUAAACAUUUUGUGUUAUGCGCUCAAUUUGUCUUUGAUCCGCUAAAAAAGAUUUUCGGCAGUAAGCAGUGAUCAAAUAACGCCAAGAUUUUUUGUUGAUCUUCUUAUCCAUUUUACGUUAAAGAUAAAAUGUAAUUGUGAAAGUGGGCGUUUCUGUCAUUUUAUAGGCACCUGAUGGGCGUGGCACUUAAAUCCAAUCAUUAUCUAUCGCUUACCCGCCUUAAUUAUUGCCUUUUGAAAUUGUUGUCGGUAUCUUCUCUUGAUCUUCACACAAAUUCUGUCUCUAUUUCAAACAAUAUUGCAACUUUGUAACAUUCUCAGUGAAGUACAGCAACGUUCAAUGAAAUAUUCAAAUCUUCCGGUUAAUCAUAGAUUUUGAACCUAUGUUAGAGAAAUUGCCAAGGAAUUUCUGAACGGAUCGAAGUUGAACGCGUACAUAAGGGCGUAGCAGCCAUAGACAAUUGUAUAUUAGACUUAUAUGAAUAUCAUUGUCAUGUAGUUUUCAUUUGCUUAUAAAUAUAUUUUCAGUGCAGUUGAUUUGAAUUUCCAUUGAAACUUGAUUAAUAUAAAUUGCGAGAAUUUCCAUAUAUA